GUGUGAGCAAUAGAUGCCUAUUGUAUGGCAAGUGUAGACACAAGUGUUCACUCACUUCACAGUUUGGUUUGCUAUCAUUUUUGGCAAUCAUUUACUGAUUGUUGUCUUCAAUUCAAUUAUUGCAUCAAUUGGUCCAUUGGUUCGCCACAAACAAUGACUAGAGGCAAUCAGCGAGAGUUGGCCCGAGAGAAGAACCAGAAGAAGCUGAAAGACCAGCAGAAGAAGAAGGGCGCAGACAAUAAAGAUGGCAAUAGAGGCAUGACUUUGGAGGAGAGGAAACACCGAGACGCCGAACUCAUGAGAGAGAAGCAAAAGCUGGCCGCAGAGAAAAAGGGCGGUUCCAGUGGUGAGACCAGUGGUUCCACUGCCAAGUGAUUUAUUGCUUUAAUUCAGUUUCCCAUAAGUAGUGAAAACAAUGUGUUUUUCAAUUUUUAAACUCAUCGCUAAAUUCAACACAAAAUCAAAUGAUCAGAAGUUUUAUUAUUAAUGAGAAAAAUGUUUUAAACAAAUGUAAAGUCAAUCAAAAUUUGUGUCCAUUUUUAAUAUUAAAAUAAAUUAUUUAUUCAACGAA